AUGAUAGGCACUCGUGUAGGAGAGGGACAUCGAAAUUAUCAGUUGAUGUAUGAUAUGUUGACUGGGAUUCGAAUUGCUGUGGGUCGUGUAUCUGCCAAGAUACGCAGAGAACUUAGUGAUGAUGACUUUAAGGCAGCUCAUAAGCUAGUAUUUGAUGUCACUGGUAACGAGUUGACGCCUGGUGUCAAGUAUGAUUUCAAGUUUAAGGAUUAUGCGCCUUGGGUGUUUAGAUAUUUACGAGAACAGUUUCAUAUUGAUCCUGCAGAUUACAUGAUGUCACUUACGAAUAAAUACAUUCUCAGUGAAUUAGGGUCACCGGGAAAGAGCGGAAGCUUCUUUUACUAUUCUCGAGACUAUCGAUUUAUUAUUAAGACAAUUCAUCACACAGAACAUAAAUUUAUGCGAAAGAUACUCAAGGACUAUUAUCAGCAUGUUUGUGAGAACCCACAUACAUUACUCUGUCGAUUCUAUGGAUUACAUCGCAUCAAGUUACCUCAUGGAAGAAAGAUUCAUUUUGUAGUCAUGGGUAACGUGCUGCCGAGCAAUAAAGAUGUACAUGAGACAUAUGACUUGAAGGGAUCUACUUAUGGAAGAAUAACAACAGAGGAAGAUAUCAGCAAGAAUCCCCAUGCGGUAUUAAAGGACCUCAACUGGGUCAAUAGAAAGAAGAGAUUAGAGCUUGGUACACAAAAGAAAGCACUAUUCUUAGAGCAGUUACGUACAGAUGUGCAAUUGUUAUCCAGAUUGAAUAUUAUGGACUAUAGCUUGCUUAUUGGGAUACAUGAUAUCAUUAGAGGAAAUACUGAAAAUAUUAGAGAUAGUAACCUGCGCUUUGUUCAACCACAUACAAAGGAAUUGGAAAGAACCCUAUCAAGAAAUAGAAGAGGGAGUAAAGCAGACAUUGUAAGAAGAGCAAUUAAGCUAUCCAACCCUGUUCAAUUGGAUUCUUCACUGUUACCAGAAACACCUUUUGAAGAGAGAAAGUAUUGUAUAUUUUACUCUGAGGAUGGUGGAUUUAAAUCAACAGAUGAAAAUAAUCAACCAACAGAUAAAGUCUAUUAUAUGGGUGUUAUUGAUAUCUUGACAAGAUACAGUUUACUAAAGAGAGCAGAACAUGCAUUAAAGAGUCUCACUCAAAAUAGGGACACUAUAUCUGCUAUUCAUCCCAAGAUGUACAGCGAACGAUUUAUUGCAUUUAUUGAGAAUUUAGCAGUGAUAAACUAUAAGAAAGACAACUGA